AGUGGGGGUUCGUAGCCUUGCUCUGCGCUCCAGGCCAGCAGGUGGCGACAUCAUUUCUAAACGCUGUAACACUGAGGUAUCUAAAUCUUCCUCUACUGCACCGGCUCUCAAUGCGUGUGGGAACGUUGCUAGUUCUACAUAUGAGGGUUGUUAACCUGAAUCCAUGAUGUCUUGGCUAAAAUCUGCGUCUUUCGGCGGUGAAGAUGUAUUUGAUGAGAAUGCGGACGAACUUCAUUUACAAAGUAAAGAAUGGACAUCCAACAUGAAGAAACGCAUCAAGGAUGGAUAUGUGGACGGAGUCAGUGCUGGAGAGGAGGCCUCGCUACAGGUGGGAUUUAACCAGGGCUUCAGAGAAGGAGCAGCUCAAACUGUGGCUGUGGGUCGCCUCAAAGGGAUUGUCAGCGCUGUAUGGUGCUGGUGCCAGAUGCAACAUCCAGAAAAGCCCGUCCCGGCCGGUGUCAUCGACCUUUUGCAACUAGUAACGCAACACGAAGAAGGAAUCAUAGACAGCAUUAGGAAAGCACUGGAGAAUCCUCCUCCUAGUGUGAGCGACGUCUCUGAGAGCAUGGAGGAUCUGGAGGUAAAGCAGCCCGGUCUGGGCUGCGGCGGAACAGGCUGUGAAAACACAGACUGCUGCAGGAGCGAACAAAAAAUGGACUUGGAGAGUUCUCACCAUCAGCACAAUCUAAGCUCUGAGCCCAGUGGUUUCCCCUCCAGGUCACACGAGGGUCUGGACCUGCUUGUGCGGCGCUGCAUGGAUCUGGUUUCUGAGCUGGGACUUCCACAAGAACUGAUCCAUCACAUAGAGGAGCUGAGGAACUCAUAGCAGUUAAUGUCAUAAGUACCAAUACUUGAUGUGAUCUAGACAGGUUUUAAAGAUUUAUUUGAUGUGCAUAGUGUAAAUAAUUUGUAUUUGCAAUUUUUCUAAGAUUUAUUUGAAAAUGAAUAAAAUGUUUACCAAA